AAGACAUUUCAAGGAAGAAACUGGCAGAUAGAACUAGCACUCGUGGCAAUGGAAGGUAGGACUCCCCAACCUCUCAGACUCAAUCCCCCACCACUUCCGCGUUGGAAUCCGCGACCCUCUUCCCAGAGUUUUCCUGUGGCUUGGGUAGGUCAGCCCUGGGGGCGAGCCAGAGCGGGCACCCGCGCGCCCAGGGGCUUGCCAGCGCAGACCCCACUCCGCCCGCGAGUAGCCUAGUUGGUGGGGAGACUUCAGCUGUCACUCUCGGCCCGCAAAGGCAGAUCUGCCCCGAUCCCUGCAGCCCUCCCCAGUCCCGGAGACAGGUGUGGGCCGCAGAGGGAAGGGGAUCCGGACCAAAUGCCCACCCGCAGGCGAGCGACCUGGCGAGGUCGGGCCCACCUUCCUUGGGUUGUAGCGGACGCCGGCAAGCAGGGGUCCAGCGAACGUGGGCAUCUGCCUAGCGCCGGAUUUUCAACCCACCGCCAGGGCUAAGGCUCCCCGCCCACCAGCGAGCCACUUUCCCGCGCGGACACCUCUAACUCCAGCAGCUCAGGCUGGGAACUCGGAGAUCCAGAGUGGCCUCCCCUCCCCCCCGCGCACACGUCAGCGCUAGCGUCGUGGAAGCGCCGUAAUGUCCCGAAGAAGCGCGUCUCCAAACUUGCACCCCGCUGCCGCAGCUUCAACGGAGAAAUCCCUUGCCCCAAGCACACGUCAGCCCUGCCCGCGGAGUCAUGGCACAGCAAAAGAGAGGCUCUCCAUGGAGAUAUGCUCCAGAAGGGUGGGUGGCUGUGCCUAAAGGUUUGUUAGAAAAGGACAGUCAGUGAGGCUUGCUGGCUGUGGCGCCUUACGACGCUCUCCCCGACCCCUCGUCAUUCAGAAGGUUCCGCAGGUCUCGACAGCGGUGGGCUUGUCAGCCCCAUCCGGCGGCCAGCCUCCCUUGCCGGAUCGCCCACGUUUGUCGGCCUGGUCCAAGUUCUUCAUUUCAAAGCAUCUGCACCUGCGAGCCCGCGGCCAGAGGCGCUGGGGGCGUUUGUGCGCGUGUAUUCUGAGGCGCGUGGUAGUGAUGGCGGCGCUCAGUGAGACUUUCCUGUCACUGGCUACUACUACUCCCAACCCUCCUCAAAGCCGCGGGAGCAACCCCCAGGUCUUUACUUUACAAUCGGCAAUUUGACUUGCUCUGCUGCAUGUCUGGAGGGACCAAGGAAAGUGUGGAGACGCUCCAAGGAUUAGGUGAUCCGAGCUUGAAAAGAAAAAAAGCCAAACAAAUAAACAAAACCCACCCACCCUAACAAAUAUGAGGCUGCUGGAGAGAAUGAGGAAAGACUGGUUCAUGGUCGGAAUAGUGCUGGCGAUCGCUGGAGCUAAACUGGAGCCGUCCAUAGGGGUGAAUGGGGGACCACUGAAGCCAGAAAUAACUGUAUCCUACAUUGCUGUUGCAACAAUAUUCUUUAACAGUGGACUAUCAUUGAAAACAGAGGAGCUGACCAGUGCUUUGGUGCAUCUAAAACUGCAUCUUUUUAUUCAGAUCUUUACUCUUGCAUUCUUCCCAGCAACAAUAUGGCUUUUUCUUCAGCUUUUAUCAAUCACACCCAUCAACGAAUGGCUUUUAAAAGGUUUGCAGACAGUAGGUUGCAUGCCUCCGCCUGUGUCUUCUGCAGUGAUUUUAACCAAGGCAGUUGGUGGAAAUGAGGCAGCUGCAAUAUUUAAUUCAGCCUUUGGAAGUUUUUUGGGCAUCGUUAUAACACCCCUGCUCCUGCUGCUUUUUCUUGGUUCAUCUUCUUCUGUGCCUUUCACAUCUAUUUUUUCUCAGCUUUUUAUGACUGUUGUGGUUCCUCUCAUCAUUGGACAGAUUGUCCGAAGAUACAUCAAGGAUUGGCUUGAGAGAAAGAAGCCUCCUUUUGGUGCUAUCAGCAGCAGUGUACUCCUCAUGAUCAUCUACACAACAUUCUGUGACACAUUCUCUAACCCAAAUAUUGACCUGGAUAAAUUCAGCCUUGUUCUCAUACUGUUCAUAAUAUUUUCUAUCCAGCUGAGUUUUAUGCUUUUAACUUUCAUCUUUUCAACAAGGAAUAAUUCGGGUUUCACACCAGCAGACACAGUGGCUAUCAUUUUCUGUUCUACACACAAAUCCCUUACAUUGGGAAUUCCGAUGCUGAAGAUCGUGUUUGCAGGCCAUGAGCAUCUCUCUUUAAUAUCUGUACCCUUGCUCAUCUACCACCCAGCUCAGAUCCUUCUGGGAAGUGUGUUGGUGCCAACAAUCAAGUCUUGGAUGGUAUCAAGGCAGAAGAAACUACUCCAAACCAGGGGGCCACUGGCUAACUUGAAUAAUCCAGAAGGCUUGGAAUAUCUAUCCAUCAAAUUUGGGCAUUAAAAUAAAUACCAAGAGUCCAUCCUCCAGGGAGUGAAGCUGACAAGGCCGACAGUAUAACAAAGGAGGUGGACUUUCUGUAGCAAUGUAUAUAUGUACAGGAUUGUACAUACUAGCAAUUCUGAAGACUUGUACUUGUGAAUGUUGCCUCAAUGCAUAUUUUAUUUUUUUACACAAAAAUAUGAGAUCCUGUUUAAGUGCCUUAAAAUGUAUUUGACAAGAGCGUUAUUUCCAAAAUAUGCUUUGUUGAUUACUGCCAGGGGUGGUACAAUAUUUGGGGGUUAAUUUUGUUUUCCUAAUGCAGGAAUCAGUCAUGGUAAGUGACAAAAAGCAAACAUGCUUUCCCUGCAGCAUCUUUGUGCAAUACAACCCUAUAGUAGUUACUGUAAUGUUUGAAAUGAGGUCACACCAUCAGGAAAAUGCCCUUCUGAUGACAGUGAAAAUUUCCAAAGUCUUAUUCAUGCAUACUUUGAUUUACUGUGUGAUUCUUUUUUUCUAUGACUGUGACAUGCCUCUUCCUUAUCAACUCAGCAGGGGUCAUAGAUCGAAUAGAUGCUGAAAAGCGUAAGAUAUAUGCAUUCCUUGACAUCAUUUUUAAAGACAUUCCUUCAAAUAGUUUCCACACAGAAAUUCCUCACUCCCAUUAUGAGAGAUUGUGGUUAUAUGUCUUAAAUUUAUUAUAAGCUGCUUCAAAGAAAGGGCCUGAAUGUUUGAAUUAUGAGUGAAAUCAUGUGAAAUUUUGAGUUAAACUCUGUGAUUUGAUUUUCAGGGUCUUUAAAAUAUAUCUUAAUAUCUUCUUCCUCUUUAUUCAAUAAUUUCUGUCUUGCACUUACACACUCAUAACAGCCAAAUAUGAGGCAGAAAAAUGUUACAAUCAGUUUGAAAGCAGCAUCAAUUAAUAGUAGAUUCUAUUCACAUUCCACAACCCAGACCAAAUUUUUUUCCUAUUACGCAGAUGUGCUGAGCACUUUCCAGAUUGCCCCUGUUGGCCAAAAGCAGCCUGUUACAUCCUGAAAUUAAGCACACUUAAGGUAUUUGAGACAAUUUAUUAAUGAAAAUUUCCUUGGCAGAUUUGACAAAUGUUGGCAAUAUUUUUUUAAAAGUUAAAUCAUAUUGCUUUCAUGAAUAAAUGAAAAUAUAAAGGUCAUGGAUGCAAACAAAUGUUACAUAUACACAUUCUGUCUCUCCAGAUGAAAAGAACAUGCAAAACCAUUUAAUAACCAAAAUAUCAAGUAAAAUUAGUUCCCAACGGGGCAGCAGCUUUCAAAUGAGUGUCCAAUAUUUGCUUCUGCUAUAGCUGCAAGAACUGUAACUGGACCCAAGUAGAGAAUGAAGCCACGUAUAGAACUACGAGAACACUUUUCUGUGUUUCCUCCAUGCCGUCCUGUCACAUCCUCUUACACGUCCUCUCUUGAUUUGAUAGACAAUAUUGGCAUCCUGGGUCUCACUGAGGCCGUGCUAUGUCCUCAGCAGCUGUUUUUGUUGUUUUGUUGUUAUGCCCACAACAAAAAAUCAUUCCGUAGAAACUCACCAAGUUUAUCUACUGUGUAAAUUUAUAUUAUUGUUACUACCAGGUCUCAUCUUUUGUCAGUGUCAUUGAAUAAAUUUCAUGAGAGUUAUUCUCAGUGUGAAUUUUAAGGCUAAUGCCAGAUCCUGCAAAAAUCUAUGCUAACCAGGCUGUAGUACACACUGUUAUAAAGAAUUUUACUUGUGUCUAAAGCUACAGUAAUUUUGCUUAGGUAAUUGUGCUUACCUAUGGAGCACAGGAAGGCUCUUAGGUUUUGUUCCUACAAGUUUCUUUGAAUUUUGGAGUAAAUGGAAGUGUCUGUCUGUCUGUCAUCUAUCUGCCCUAUCAUAAAAAUCUUUCUCCCUAACAUUAAAAUACUGAUCCCCGCCCCCAACUUAUCUACCUCUAUUGUCUAACACCUAUAGUAGGUGUGAUCAUGGGAUAAAAUUCAACUGAAAAUGCUAUGAUAACAUUUUAUCGUUUGCUUUAAAAAUGUGCUUUGUUUUCAAAUAAUCUUUACAUAGUGAACUUUGGUGGCGUUAGUGAUAUGUUUAUGCCUAUUUCUUUUUUUUACACAAAUUCCUUGGCAUAUUUUUUCAUAAAGAACAAAAAAUAAAAUCAAAAUUUAUUUUUAAUUCAUGCUUAUUGGGAUUUAAUUAUUCAGAGCUUAAAAUAUUUUGUUAUGUUUAUACACUGUAAAGCUAUCUGUUUUAUGUAUUUGUUUUGUCUAAAUGUAUUUAUGAAAGAAAUACAUUAGAUUAUAUUUAUGUUUACUCAUUUUUCCACCUGGAUUUUUUUUAAUGGUUGUUACAAAAUUAGAUUUUUUAAUGGGUAAUAAUGUUGGUAUUUUCAUGUUUUUUCUUAGUAUUAAAAUUUUUGUGGGUUUUUAAAAAUUUUUCCCUAUUCUGUUAAAAAUUAACACACCUCUAGCUAAUGUUCAGUGUUUGUGCUAAAUACCAAAUUUUUUCAAAAGGAUUGGUUAAGUCAUAAAGUGGAUUAUUUAUGAUGACUGGAAGAUGAAAAUAAUUAUAUGAUUAAACAAAGAAUGUUUCAGAAA